AUGAGAUCUUCAACCUUCGCCAUACUGGCUUCUGCUGGAUAUGCCCGAGCCCAUACCGCUGCAUGGGUCAGAGGGAUGUACUGCCUGAACGGCACGAGCCCCGGUGUCGACGACUCCAACACGAACACGGCUGUCAACCCCUUGUGGGACCUGCCCAAGAGCCAGUGGUGGAUGCAGCACGAUCGUGGCUGCGACCAGUUCCCGCCCGCCGACGGUGACUCCCUAGAACUGCCCGCUGGCGGUUCAUUCACAGUCGAGCUGGCCCAUAACCGUGCCCAAACCACUCUGUCAUACAAUGGACAGUUUGCGUCAGACUGGCCCGAUGGACAACAACACCCGGAAGACUGGCAUGCUGAGCAAGACUCGUGCCUCGAGGAUGGCGCCCUGCACACAUACAACGAGUCGACCGCUGCUGGAACCGCGUUCGCGAUCUCUUAUCAAUCGGAUAUAUCCCAGGUCACCAUUGAGAACCUGGCUGUGUUCACAGUUCUAGAGCACACCCCCUGGAAGCGCCUUGCCACCUACCAAGUUCCAGCUGAUCUACCUGCCUGUCCUGAGGGUGGAUGCUAUUGCGCAUGGCUCUGGGUACCUGAUGGAUGUGGUGAACCAAACAUGUACAUGCAAAACUUGAGAUGUCACGUCACUGGAUCUUCAUCCACCAGAACCGUCGCUCCUGCCAAGGCUCCCGUAUACUGUGCCGACGGCCAAGCGUGCGUCACUGGAGCAAAGCAGAUGAUUGCCUGGAACCAAGCCGAUGGCAACAACGUCGAAGUUCCCUCUGGCGCUUCCCCGGGCUACAACCAGAAGAUGGGCUGGACUCCUGGAGCCCAGAACGACAUCUUCCAAUGA